AUGGGUGAAGUUGAGAAGCCAUGCUCCUCUUCAACUAAACCUAAAUUGGAUUUCAAUGACCGGUUCAGAAAGUUGCAUCAGUUAAGGCAACAAUCUCGGAAAGCAAACCACGAACAGGUUGUUGAGGAAGACAGGAAGAAGAAACUUCCUGCGAAUUAUGAAGCGAAGAAAGCUCGUGAUGAAUGGGAGCUAGAAGAGAUGGAAGAAAGAAAAAAAGCCGAGGAAGAGGGUCUGGACUAUGAUCGUAUAAAAGCACUGAAUACACCAGCGGAUGUGGCCACAAGAAUUGAAGCGAAAAGGAAACGAAAAAAGAACCCCGACCAGGGCUUUUCAAGUUACGAGGACAUGACUUUACGCCAGCAUACUCGCUUGACAGCAGCUAUUAAACCCGAUGCGGAAUCAUAUAAAAAGAUGAGAGACGUAGUUGGCGAAGAACAGUUUUAUCCUACAGCAAAUACUUUAAUCCACGGCUCGCAUUAUCCAACGUCUGCAGCUAUGGAAAGGCUUUCUGAGGAUGUCAAGGGACAGGUGAAACGCCGCGAACAGUUCCAUCGUCGCCGUAUGUUCGACCCAGAUGCACCGAUCGACUACAUUAACGAUAAGAACAUGCGCUUUAACAGGAAGCUCGAGAAGUUCUACGGCCAGUAUACUGAGGACAUCAAGGAGGACCUCGAGCGGGGAACAGCUAUUUGA